GGCGCCUGCUGGCCCGAGCUGCGGAGCCCCGACCGAGGCUGUAGCAGACGGGGCUCAGAUUCACAGAGGGGCCGAGGAGCAGGGACCCUGGACGGGGAGUUGCUUUUUUUUUUGUUUAAAAGACACACAUUACAUUCUCCCUCAAUCUCAAUGUCGGAGACUUUUAAAACAACUCUUCCCGAGCGUGUCCAGUGAAGGUCAGGCUGCGGGUUUUAACAUCAGCCGGUGCGUUCGGCAGUUUUCGGAUAAUUUCUUGUUUUCCCGAGUUUUUUUUUUUUGUGCCAGAGGUCGUUCAACUGAGCGCAACAGCUGCCCCGGAGCGCCGAGUGGAUUAUUCAGCGGGUUUGUGAGUGUUGUUGAGCUAAAAACGCAGCUUUACUUCAUCCAACACAGACUCCCGUCCAAAAGUUUGGACUGCUGUCAACGCACACCUCUCCGUGUCUCUUAGGUAUGCCUGUGGACAUCAGUGGGUCCCCGGACAGGUAACCAGGUGUGUUGCUGCUGUCAUGGCUCUGCCAACCCUGCGACUGUUUCCUGUCACCAUGGUCACAGUCAUGGUGGCGCUGGUGUCGUCUUCAGGGGACCAUGAGUGGCACUUUAGCCCAGCUCAGUGCCGUUACGCCCUCGGGAUGGAGGAUGGCACCAUCCCAGACUCUGACAUCACUGCCUCCAGCGCCUGGUCAGACUCUACUGAGGCCAAACAUGGAAGGUUGAGCACCGGAGAGGGGGAUGGAGCGUGGUGUCCUGCAGGAGCUGUUUUCCCCAGUGGAUCAGAAUACCUUCAGGUAGACCUGCACAAACUCCACUUCCUGGCUCUGGUUGGUACCCAGGGUCGUCACGCCGACGGGCACGGCCAGGAGUUUGCCCGCAGUUAUCGGCUCCGCUAUUCCAGAGACGGAGUGAAAUGGAUCACCUGGAAGGACCGCUGGGGCAAAGAAGCAGUGUCAGGAAAUGAAAACACCUAUGAUGUUGUGCUGAAAGACCUGGGCCCUCCCAUAGUGGCCCGCAUGGUGCGCUUCUACCCCCUGGCUGACCGAGUCAUGAGCGUUUGCCUUCGGGUGGAGCUCUAUGGUUGUUUAUGGAACGAUGGGUUGAAGGCUUACACAGCUCCAAUGGGUCACGUCAUGCAUCUGUCUGGCAUAUCUGGCAUACCUGUCUAUCUAAACGACUCCACCUACGAUGGGAGCACUGAGCAAGGGAUGCAGUUCGGAGGCCUGGGUCAGCUGUGUGACGGCGUCCUGGGAGAAGACGACUUCAUCAAAACCAAAGAGCUGAGGGUGUGGCCCGGUUACGACUACCUGGGCUGGAGCCGGGAAGCCCUUGGGCAGGGCAGCGUGGAUAUCGAGUUCCACUUUGAGAAACCACGCGUCUUCCACAACAUGCAGGUGCACAGUAACAACCGCCACACUCAGGGCGUGCGAGUCUUUAGCAAGGUAGAGUGUCUUUUCAAGCCUGGCAUCCUCCAGCCCUGGUCCCCUGAACUCACUCUGCCUGUGCCCCUCGAGGAUCUUAAAGACCCCUCCUCACGACCCAUCUCCCUCCCACUGGGAGGCCGGCUGGCUCAGAUCCUCCGUUGCAAAUUCUACUUUGCUGACCGCUGGCUCCUCAUCAGCGAGAUAUCAUUCCUCUCUGAACCAUUUGAGGAGGAUGCAGCAGAGAAGGAUUCAUUACCUUCUAAUCUUCCCAAGAUUCCUUCCAUCAGUUCCUCUUCUCCUCCUGUCAACCUCACUUCCUCCUCUCCCACGUCGAGCCACAGCUCCUCCAACACCACAGCCGGCCCAUCUGAACCCCCCAACACCACCUCCUUCAUGACGGACACCACUGGUAACUGGACGCUGUCAGAUGCAGAAUUUGGUGCCAACACUCCGAGGGCGGGGCUUCCUGUAGCCAAGGACGACAGCAGUAAUACAGCUAUUCUGAUUGGCUGCCUGGUGGGCAUCAUCCUUCUGCUUCUGGCUGUGAUAGCAGUCAUUCUGUGGAGGCAGUACUGGAAAAAGAUACUGGGCAAGGCCCAGGGUAGUCUAUCCAGUGAUGAGCUGCGGGUUCACCUGUCCGUCCCCUCGGACAACGUGGUCAUCAACAACACACACAGCUACUCGAGCCGCUACCAGCGCAUCCACACUUUCCCAGACGACCGCGACCAUGACAGAGAGGGAGAAGGAGAGUAUCAAGAGCCCAGCGCUCUGUUACGUCCGAGGGAUCACAGAGACAGCACAGCCUUGCUGUUAAACAACCCAGCCUAUCACUUGCUCCUGUCAGAUCACAGGAAAGGCUCGAGACCUCUAGUCGUCCCCACCACCUCUCAGGCUCAGGAAAAGAGCCUCAAUGUGCCCCAGGCCUGCGGUUUGGACAUGGACAUGGAGAAAGGUUUUCCCCCAACUCAGGAGGAGCCUCCUCCCUACCCUGGCUCUCCUCCGUACCCCUCCCUGUCUCCCCCUGUGUCUCCCCCACUGCCUCCCAGUGUUCCUCAUUACGCUGAGGCAGACAUCGUGAGCCUGCAGGGUGUCAGCGGUAACAACACCUACGCCGUGCCCGCCUUGGCCUCCUCAAGCCCCGGGGCCGACGCCACACCACUGCCGGAGCUGCCGCGCCAAUAUCUUAUCUUCAAGGAGAAGCUGGGAGAGGGACAGUUUGGAGAAGUUCACCUGUGUGAAAUCGAGAACCCUCAGGACCUUCCCAACUUGGAGUUCCCCUUCAACGUGAGAAAAGGUCGCCCCCUUCUGGUAGCAGUGAAGAUCCUUCGCCCGGACGCCUCCAAGAAUGCCAGGAACGACUUCCUGAAAGAGGUCAAGAUCCUGUCUCGCCUGAAGGACCCGAACAUCAUCCGUCUGCUGGGAGUGUGUGUGAGCAGUGAUCCCCUCUGUAUGGUCACUGAGUACAUGGAAUGUGGAGACUUGAACCAGUAUCUGUCCCACCGAGUGCUUCUGGACAAGACGGGACCUUCACAUAACACCCCGACCAUCAGCUACCCGGCGCUGAUCUCCAUGGCUAGCCAGAUUGCAUCAGGAAUGAAGUUCCUCUCCUCCCUCAACUUUGUGCACCGAGAUCUGGCCACGCGUAACUGUUUGGUCGGGGGUGAGAAGGGUGAGAGCGGAGACGAUCGGGGCGGUGAGCGUCACAUCAAGAUAGCUGACUUUGGCAUGAGCAGGAACUUGUAUGCUGGAGACUACUACAGGAUCCAGGGCAGAGCUGUGCUGCCGAUACGCUGGAUGGCCUGGGAGUGUAUACUCAUGGGUAAAUUCACCACGGCCAGCGACGUGUGGGCGUUCGGGGUCACUCUGUGGGAGAUGCUGAGCGUUUGCCAGGAGCAGCCGUACUCCAACCUCACAGAUGAACAAGUCAUCGACAACGCUGGGGAGUUCUUCAGAGACCAGGGCAGACAGGUGUAUCUGAGCAGGCCGGCUGUUUGUCCUCAGGGUCUCUACGAGCUCAUGUUGAGCUGCUGGAACAGAGACUGCAAGCUCCGCCCGUCCUUCGCCGACAUCCACUCCUUUCUUACCGAGGACGCCAUGAACAUGGUGUAAAGAGAGAAACGGAAUGAAGAGAAGGGCAACGCUUAAGAGGGGAAACGCCUCGUACGUUUCUACAUCCUUGCUACAGGGGGGAAGGUGUGGUGGAGGUGCUGCUCAGCAGAGGCAGAUGAGAGGGGAGAGUGGGUUGCUCGCUUUUAUAUUUGUACUUUUUUUGGGUGGAUGGGGCUGAGACACCGCUGGUUCGGUUUAUUUCCACGUCAGACCCCCCCCAAGCCCAGAGGCAAAACUAACCGCAGCUUUAGACGGGUAAGAGUCUGAGCUACAUUUCACAGGUGGUGGGUGCAGUCUGCAUAAGAACUUUCUCUCCUCUAAGAUACUUUAUUACAAGAGGGCUUUGUGUUACUGGUGACUAAGUGCUGUAGAGUUAAUGACACAGGAAACUGCAGAGGCUCAGUGACAGAAAAUACUCCAAACUACGACCAUAGCAAGCUAAGACAUGAACACUUAUUAAGUUUCAUGACUUUUACGCAUCCAUCAUAAAUGCCACAUGCAGGGUAACAGGUGAAAGGUGAACAUGACACAUAAACUUGUCUGAACAGCACACCUAUCUGUCAGUCAUGAAUGUGCACUUGCAGGGAUUGUCUUAGUAUUUAUAGUAUGUAUAGCCUAGUGCACACAUUUUAGACAAAAUCGUUAAGAUUACUCCACACACAAAUCCAACCAAAAGUCUAUGAAAAGAUUUUCAGACAUGGCUGAUUGAGAACUUCAAAUCUCACCAUGUUUGUUGACCCUUCAACAAUCCUCUAUCUCAACCCCAAAAACGUACACAGCGACCCUCGUCCACAGCUGUAACUCAACAUUAUUGUGGACUAAUGUGAAACGAUUUGGACCAGACAACAACAGCAUUUCUGCAAUGCAGUUACAUCAGGUAUCAACAUCCGACCCCCUCAUUGUAGUCAAAAAGUCCAAGCCAUUUGUGAACCCCAUCUCUGAACCACAAAGAGACGAACUGUACCCCCCGGUGCCAAAUGAACUUGUUAAACCUGAGGAAACAGAGGAGGGUCUGCUGCUGCCGAUGAGACGUGACCCACAACCUGGAACGGCUUUUCCAAGCAGAGAGACAAUACUGCCAUCUGGGGCAGAGGCCGGGGCAUCUUCAGAUGCGCCUGCUCGGGUGUUUUGGCAGGUUUUUUUGGUAACUUGCUGCAACCCAAACAGAAAGGGUAAAUGAAAAUAUUCCACAACCAGCUGCACUUUAUAUCCUACAUGCAUAUCCUUGGCCAUGAUGGAACGCCUGAUAUGAUUCCUGUCAAUGUGGAUUCUAAUGCAUUUCACCUGCAGUGAUUUCAGUUUUUGUUUUUUUUAUCAAUGGAGAUCAAAAUUAAGGAUGGUCUGUCUUCAUUGUUAAAUCCUCCCCCUACAAGGCAUUGCCAAACCAUGAGAUGUAAAAUAUUAUUUAAAAAAAAGAAAAAAAUGGAAUGGCACCAUCGAUUCAUCUCAUUUUAAAUGUAUGACAACCUUUUAGUUCGGUGAGUUGAGGCGCAUUUUACUAAUCAAAUAAUCAAUCUUUGCUCAUUCAAAUGCACUCUGUUAAUGAACUCUGUUAUGGUAUUACUCAAACAGGGAGUUCUGAUUCUAGUGUGAAUGUCAACAUCAACUUACAACGUACAUUAAGCUGACUGCCGUAGAAUCAAUGCUCUCUACCUUACUGAUUGUUUAGCACUGUAAAUCAGUCCUGAGGUGAUCAAGAAUAUCAAGUAAUACAUGUUUACUGAUCGUCAAUGGUUGUGCCAUUUGAGUCAUUUUUGAUACACUGUAGUUCAACUAAACCCAUAUUUUUAUAUAUACUUUAUGUACUUAGACACUCCUUGAUGUCUGAUUUCGUCCUUUGUGUCUUUUGAGGUUGAGCAUAAUAGUAUGUACAUAUUUUAAGGACAGAAUUGUAAUUUCCUUUACUAAUAUAUGGAAAACUCUUUGUGACAUUUGGGGUCUUCUGUCUCUCUGUAGAACGCUUGCUACCUUGAUGCAAUUGUAA